UGUCACGGCAAAAUGUCGUCGAAUGGGAAGGGUAAGGCCGUCGCCUCCGGCGGAGGAGAACGGAAACGUGGCAGUGGUGGUGAUGACGAUAAGACUGGUGGUGGAAAUAAGAAGAAGAAUCGCGCGGUUCUUCGGUUCUUCGAAGAUGCAGCUGAUUUUAGUGAUCAAGAUAGUGAUCGCGACAGCGAUGAUAGUGAUCUUAAUUUCGACAUUGAAGAUUUUAUGGACGAAUAAUAUGAUGUAGAGUUGAAAGUCAAGAAUGAUCCACCAAUAUCCCAAAAUGUUCCAAUUGUUCCCAAAGAGGAGGAUAUGGAUGAGCGAGAAUUUGAUAAGAUGAUGGAAGAGCGUUACAAGAACAAUCCUAGAUUUCGCUAUGCCGAAGAUGCUGAUGAGGCUAAAAGAUCCAUGGAAAGAAAUUUUCUCGAGCCUUCUGCAAAGGACCCAACUGUCUGGAAAGUCAAAUGCAUGGUUGGACGCGAGAGGCAUUCAGCUUUUUGCCUCAUGCAGAAGUUUGUUGACUUGAAAUCUCUGGGUACCAAACUUCAGAUAAUAUCUGCAUUUGCCAUUGACCAUGUAAAGGGUUUUCUUUAUAUUGAAGCUGACAAGCAAAUUGAUAUUAUUGAGGCAUGUAAAGGGCUUUGCAGCAUAUAUUCUAGCAGAGUGGCACCAUUUCCUAAAAAUGAAGUGUCUCAUCUGAUCUCCAUCCGGAGAGGUUGUAAUCAAGUUACCGAGGGCACAUGGGCUCGUGUAAAGAAUGGGAACUAUAAGGGUGACCUGGCGCAGAUUGUGGCUGUAAAUGAUGUGCGGAAAAAAGCAACAGUGAAGCUGAUUCCAAGAAUUGAUUUUCAAGCGUUGGCACAAAAAUUUGGAGGUGGACUUGCAAAGAAGAAAGCUGCCAUACCAGCUCCAAGAUUGAUCAGCUCAAGUGAACUUGAGGAGUUCCGGCCUCUUAUUCAAUAUAGACGUGACCGUGAUACUGGCAAGAUGUUUGAGGUUCUUGAUGGCUUGAUGCUCAAGGAUGGAUAUUUAUAUAAAAGAGUAUCUAUAGAUUCUUUAAGCUGCAUGGGUGUUAUACCUUCAGAAGAGGAGUUGUUGAAGUUCAAGCCUUCUGAGAAUAAUGAAUCAGAGAAUUUGGAAUGGCUUGCGCAGAUUUAUGUUGGACAGAAGAAAAAACAGGUAAUUGGAAAUGAGAAAGGUGGUGAUAAAGGAGAAAGCUCGUUAUCAUCUGGGCAGAAAUUUGAACUGUACAAUCUUGUGUGUUUUGGCCGCAAAGAUUUUGGUCUUGUUGUUGGUAUGGAGAAAGAUGAUUCUUACAAGAUUCUAAAACAUGGACUGGAAAAACCUGAUGUGGUGACUGUUGCAUUACGUGAUCUAAAGAAUGGGCUCACUGAUAUGAAGUUUACUGCUUUAGAUCAUCACAAGAAAACCAUAUCAGUUAAUGAUUCUGUCAAGGUUUUGGAAGGUCCAUUGAAGGAUAGGCAAGGAAUUGUUAAGCAAAUCUACCGAGGCAUCAUAUUUAUAUAUGAUCAGAAUGAAACAGAAGAUGGUGGUUAUUUCUGUUUGAAAGCUCAAAUGUGUGAGAAAAUCAAGCUUUCUUUUGAUGCAUGCUGUGGAAAGGAUGGAGAAUCAGGCUCUUUAGAUUUUGAAGAUUUCCCAUCAUCUCCCAAAUCCCCCUUAUCGCCUAAAAGACCAUGGCAAGCGAGAGAAAAUAACCGUAACUUCAACCAAGGGGACAAGGAUGGAUUGUUCUUCAUUGGUCAAACCUUGAGAAUUCGAAUAGGACCUUUGAAGGGGUAUCUAUGUCAGGUCUUGGCCAUACGCUAUUCUGAUGUUACUGUGAAGCUUGGUUCUCAGCAGAAAGUUCUUACAGUUAAAAGUGAGCAUCUUUCUGAGGUUCGUGCAAAGAGCUCUGCCGUGUCUGUAAGUGAUGAACCUGGAUCCAGCUCUUUCAAACCAUUUGAUCUAAGCGGAACUGAAGGUGGUUCUGGAGGUUGGACAGGUGGUGCUGGGGCAUCGACAGGGGGUGAUGGCUGGAACACUGGUGGCCUCUCCACUGAAAGGACUUCUUGGCCUAGCUUGGGCCUCAUGGAUCAACCCAAAACCAGUCCUAUAAAUCCAUCAAGUUCUGCAGAUAAUGAACUAAGCAAAGAUGGUGCUUGGGUAAGUCAAGCGACCGGAAAUCAGACUUCAUCUUGGGGUGCAGUUGCAGGUGAUUCUUGGAACAAAGCUGCUUCUAACUUUGGUUCUACCAGUGGUGCAUCUGUCGGAUGGGGUAAAGCAACUUUACCCAAUGAAGAUCUGGCAGGCUCUUCAAGAGGUACUGGAGACAACUGGGGUCGAGGAAACCUCAGAGCUGAAAAUUCUUUGAUCGAUUCUGCAGUAGCUUGGGACAAAGGAAAGACUGUUAGUGGAAACCAAACCAGCAGUUGGGGAGAUGCAGCUACAGGGAAGAAUCAAGUGGAUUCUUGGGGAAAAUGUAAUGAUGCAAUUGGAGCAGGAUCCUGGGAGAAGAAAAAAAGGUCUGGAACUGGAGAAGACUGCUGGAGUAACAAGAGUACUGGAUGGAAUCAACAGAAAUCACAAGAUGGAGGAGACACUUGGGGUGAAGCUGCGGAAAACCAAGAGAAGGGCACUGCUCAAAAUGAUUCUUGGGGUGAAGCUGGGGAGAAGUGGGAAAGCAAAAAUAGCUCAGAAAAGCCAACUGAGGCUUGGGGUAAGGCAGGCGGGGGCAGCACUCAAACAGAAACUGAAGAUGUUAAUAAAGGAAGUGGCUGGAUGAAAGCUGAAGUUGAUAGUGCAACUCAAACUGCAAAUUGGAGUCCUGGGAAAAAAUUUAGUGAAGAUGCUUCUGGGUGGAAUAAAGAUGGAUCUAGUAACCAGAAUCAAAUUGAUAGUUGGAAUAAACCAAAGCCUUCUGGUGCUGAUAGGGGAUCUUGGAACAAACAGGGGGAAUCCUCUUGGGGUAAACAAGAGGGGGGGUCUUCUUGGAAUAUACCAGACAGAGAUCAAGAGUUUGGUGGUUGGAACAAAGAAUCAGAUGGGGGUCGUGGGUCAGGUGGGAGGAGGGGAAGAGGAGGUGGUCAUGGUGGUAGAGAUCACUUUGGCCGAGGAAGAUCCUUUGGUGAUGGUCAGUCUUCAGGUUGGAAAGCUGGAGAAGAAAACUCCACUGCCUAUGAUCAAGGAGGUGGCUGGGGUAAAUCCAAGGGGUUCAAGGAAAGUAGAGAUGAUGGGUGGAAGCCUAUUUCUUCUGGGGGUGAUAGUGGAUCAGGUUGGAACAAGAACUGGGGAGCAGAUAAAGAGAUUAGUUGAAGUGGGGACAAAUGGAACAGUGGAAAUCCUUCUUUUGGGGACAAAUCAAGUUGCAACAGUGAUCAAGCUGAAUUUCACAGCGGGAGCAAAGGUCUUGCUGCUAAUCUAUCUUCAGGAGGACAAAUUGAUGGUGCUGGUUGGAAUGCACCCAAGUCAGUUGACAGGAACUCAUCUUCUGGAUGGAACGAUGGUUCUGCUGCAGAUGAAGUACCUGGUGUAAGUUUGGGUGGAGGCAGCCACUGGAAAACAGGGAAAGCUUCAUCAGGUGACAAUACAACUGGAUGGAAAAGUGGAGCAAGUGGGAUUGGCACCCAGAAGUCUGACUGGGGUGCCCCAAAAACUACCGAGGUAGACCAGUUAUCAAGCUGGGAUUCUAAAGUGGGUCAUGUAGAUGCCAACCAAUCAUCUGGUUCGGGUAAUAAAAGCAGCUGGGGUACUCAAAAGUCUUCUCAAGAGAAGCCUGGUUGGAAUCAGGAAUCUCCUGAACUUGAAAAGGACAGCAAGAGAGAUGGAAACCAGGAAUCUAGCUGGGGUAAUAAAAGCGGUUGGAACUCUGGAUCAAGUGAUGCAGGAAGAAAUUCCGACUCUGCUUGGGGCAAGAAGAGCAUUUGGAACUCUGAAUCCAGUAAUGCUGAUGGAAAUCAAGAUUCUGGUUGGGCCACCAAAAGCAACUGGAACUCUGGGUCGAAAGAUGCAAACCAAGGUUCUAGUUGGGCCAAGAAAAAUAAUUGGAACUCUGGAUCUAGUGAUGCAAACCAAGAAUCUGGUUGGGGCAAGAAAAGCAGUUGGAGCUCUGGAUAUGGUGAUGGUAACCAGGAUUCAUCUGUAGCCUGUGAUGGUAAAGGCCAAACAGAGACUUAUGGUAAUAGGGCAGGUGUUGGGGGCUGGAGAGGUGGCGUUGGUGGCAGGGUUGAUCCAGACAGAGGGGGCUUUAGAGGUAGAGGCGAUAGAGGAGGUUAUGGAGGUAGAGGCAAAUCUGACACGGGUGGUUUUGGAGGUAGAGGUGGUUCAGACCGAGGGGGCUCUAGAGGUAGAGGGGACAGAGGCGGCUUUGGUGGUAGAGGCAGAGGAAGGAGAGAUCAAAAUGGUGGUUGGAGUGACAACGGUUCUGCUGAAGAUAGUACCUUUGGCUGGAAGAAUGGGGCAAACAAUAGCAGUGGAGGAUGGAAAAAUAAUGGUGGUGGAAGCAAUUGGAACCAAGGAGGUGACGAUAAGGGCCAACAUAAUAGCUGGAAUUCUGGUGGUGGUGGAACAAGCAAUCGAGCUGGUGGUUGGAGCAGCCAAGAUUCAGACUGGAACCAGUCAAGAAUGGCCAAAGAUAGUUGCAGUAAUGACCUUGCUGGUGGUUGGAACAAGGGAACUGGUGCAAAUAGUGAUGCUGCCUGGGGUCAAGGAAACAGCUGGAAGUCAUCAAAUUCUUCUGGUGGGGACUGGAAUUCAAACAAAGUUAAAGGUUCUGAUGAUCAAGGAAGUGGCUGGAACAAAGGAUCUGGUUCUUGUGUUCCAGGUGAUGGCUGGGGGAACAAAGGAGCUGGUUCAGGAGAUGCAGGGACAACUGGAGGUGAUGCGAAGCCCUGGAAUCAAUCUAGUGCGAAGCCCUGGAAUCAAUCUAGUGCUUCUGGCGGAGGCCAAUCAUCUGGCUGGAGUCAAUCAAUGGAGGUAAAGGAAGGAACUAACGCUGGUGGAGAACCAACCGGUCCAUGGGGUAAAGCAUCGACAAAUUCUUGGAAUCAAUCAAGCAAAGACAUAAAAGGUUCUGAUGAUCAAGGGAGUGGCUGGGGGAACAAAGGAGCAGGUUUGGGAAGUGCAGGGGCAACUGGAGGUGAUGCCAAGACCUGGAAUCAAUCCAGUGCUUCUGUUGGAGGUCAAUCAUCUAGUUGGAGUCAAUCAACAGAGGCAAAAGGAGCUAAUGCAAGUGGGGAACAAACUGAUCCAUGGGGUAAAGCACCAGCAAGUUCUUGGGGAAACAAAGGGAAUGAUGGAAGUUCCAAAGGAGGGUGGUAAUUGCUUUGCAAACUAGCAAUGUAACUUAUUUUUUGAAGUUUAACGGUUCUGUAUAUAGUAACUUAUUGUGUUAUUCACUACUAGGAAGGAUCCAACAGCAGUAUCUCCUCUUGAAACUCUGCACCAGUGUCCAAUAAUUUAUGUAUGUUUCCUUGAGGCAUUUUGAAUUAUGGUACUCCCCAAAAGAAGCUGCUCUUGGAGCAUUGAUCAUGGAGACGGUUUCUAGUUUAUGACAGUAUGUACAUAGUUAUGUUAUCCUGUACACGGGCAUUAUUUAUAUAUUAUUUGUAUGUCGUGAUGCUAAA